AUGCCGCGAUUGACAGGAGUGGAACCUCAUGUUGCUACUUCUCGAUUGUGUGCAGUGAGCACGUUUGAGCAAAAUCUUUCAUCGGAAUCGAAAUGGGUCAUGGUAGAGAGAGGAGAUGAUGAUUACCCAUUCGAAAGAAGGAGAUAUAUCAACAGUCAGAGGUUGGAUCUCUUCAUGGGAGAGCUGGAAGAGAAAUCAAAUCACAAUGGAAGCAUUUAG